AUGUUUGAACGAUAAGCUAGAUGACCAAUCACUGGACCUUAUGACUUUUGUUAUACCUACAAGUAUAUGACCGGUAACAACAGAGCUUGUUUCUGAUUGUCGGUUUUAUUGCUAACUUUGACAGUUUAGUUGUCCCCUUAAGGAAACCAUCAAAAGGAACUAGAUACACACAGGUGCUAAAACAGGGAAAAUGUCAUAAAAUUACUCAUCAAAAUGUUAGAAGAUAUUCAUGCCAUUUUGGUUUGCGCGACGUCAUUCUUGUUCUCAUAAUGGUUAUAUUUUUUCUUACGCAAAGCUGUUGGUAAAAAUUAAGUGAACCUUUAACUUUAUAAUUAUACUCUUGGAUAUUUUUCAUUGGAACUACUUACUUUUGUCAUACGUAUUAUAUUUUAAAUAUUUUCGAAUUAUUACAAAAACUGCCGAUUUUUCUUGAAGGAAUAAGUGUUUAUAUUUAUCAAGCAAAGUCGGUCAUUCAUUUCAUAGACAACCUAAGGUUAUUCCUGCACCAAUCCUGACAUAAACAAUACGCAUUGACACUUUGGAUACCAAAAAUCAAUAGUGAUGGGGGAAGCUUACUGUCAUAACAAACAACAAUGAUCAUGUAUGCGACCAGACGAUGUGUAACGGUAUUGUUUCUAAAUGUGAACUGCUGUGUGGAUAUUAUGACUAAAUAAUACAAGUCAGAAAAGGAUAUUCAGUUCUAUGAGAAGGAGUUAACUUCAUUAUGAAAUUUGAUUUUGUUUCGUGUUUUGUUUUUGUGUUUGUGUUUUUAUCAAUAUCGUGUGAUGGUAAAGGACGGAAUGAAAUCCAGAGGAAAAAACGAAUCAAACAUAUUAGUACAAAAGUAUAUAGACCUUCAAAGGACAUGUAUGCGAAAUAUCUUAACAUGGAUCCACCUAGGUUUCCACCUACGAUUAUCCAUACACGAUUACGUGUACCGUUUGACGGGCCACCACCAAAGUAUAAAUGGAAACCAAAAUCAUUACACUUGAAUAGGGAUAAAAUGCGGAGUAAAAUGUUGAAUCCUGGUGGUAGAAAUACAAAAAAGGUCAAAUGGUAUCCAUCUAAAUAUCCAGUUUUAACCGGAAAAACAUUUGGCAAAGGAAAUCCAACGAAACAUGUGAAGAGGAAAAUUUACCGAACAACAAAACAAUUUAAUCCGUCAACUAAAUCAGUAUAUAGAUACACUGUUGCCCCAAGAAAACCUCAUCCAAACAGAGCAAGGAUUACUUAUCCAGCAAAAGCAAUGCCAAUUCGUACAACAACAAUUAAACCACAAAGACCAAAAUCAAUACAUCUGUUCAAUCCUAUAAGUGACUAUGUUCUUUCUACAGAACCUACAACACCAAAAGCAUCUGUUUUUAUUCCUGUGCCUAUUUUGAAUGAGCUUAUCAUUGAUUUGGCAAAACCAGUGUCGCAGACAACUACUAUGAAACCUAUUCCAAUUGCCAAGAACAAACCUGUACAUUCAGUAUUUGAAAGUACAACACCAAUACCAUGGCCAAGAGUUUUUACGCGUAGACCAAUAUCAAGGAGGCAACCUCCACCGUCUAUAAUCUUAAUAAGACCUAGACCUAGACCGAAGCCUAAAACUACCUUUUCACCAAUUAUGUUACACCAGACUACAAUGCCGCAAAUUAUUGUUCCUCCUGUUUUUCCUGCUUUGUUUGAACAAGCACCAAGGUUACCAACUUUGAAAAACAACGACGUGAAGCGCGUUCGCAUACUAAAAACAACACAAUCGCCAACUACUACCCAGAAAACAACAAGCACUGGUUUACCUCAGACAACUUUUCAACCAACCGUAGUACCACACACCACUACUCAAAAGUCAGGCCAAACAAAAUGGCGCGACACUGACGACAACGAUUCGUUACAUAUAAAACCUCUUCAAGAAUCUUCAACAAAAUCAUAUGAGCCAGUAACUAGAUAUGUGUCUGUUGAGAAAACAAGUACACAAGGUACACUAACGUCUGUUUCAAUGGAGGAUUUAACAUAUAACAUCACAACCAUGAUCUUGGAUGAACUUGCAAAAUCUUACACGAAAUUUCCAACAAAUACUGGUGAAGUAAAGAUGAUUAGUUCUACUAAAUCAUCACAGACAAUAUCUACGAAAUUACCUACUACGACAUCUAAACCUACCGUGACAACGGUUAAACCUAUUGUGAUAAAGUUUAAACCUAUUGUAACAACGGUUAAACCUAUUGUGACAUCAGAAAUGCCAACAGCAAGACACAUUUCAAUACCAUUUGGACUACCAAUUGAUUACAGUUAUCUUGAGGUAAAAGAGGAAAAAACUACUACGAAAAAUGCAAUAUCUGAACAUUCCACACAACCGCCAAUCAUCUCAACAAAAAGUCCUUUGAUAAUGUCUAAAACAUCUUCAACAACAACAAGGGAAGUACCUACAACAACAAGGAAAGUACCUACAACCACAACAACAGAAGUAACUACAACAACAACGGAAGUUCUAACAACAACGGAGGUACACAGAACAACAACGGAAGUACCUACAACCACAACCACAGAAAUACCUACAACAACAACGGAGGUACCUAAAACAACAACAGAAGUACCUACAACCACAACGACAGAGAUACCUUCAACAACAACGGAAGUACCUUCAACAACAACGGAGGCACAUACAACACCAACGGAAGUACCUACAACAACAACAGAAAUACUUUCAACAACCACCACAGAACCUACAACCACAACGAAAGUACAAACAACAACCACAGAAAUACCUACAACCACAACAGAAAUACCAUCAACAACAACAGAGGUACCUCCAACAACAACAACGGAAGUACCUUCAACCACCACAACAACAACAGAAGUACAUACAACAACAACAACGGAAGUACCUACAACCACAACAACAACGGAAGUACCUACAACCACAACAACAACAACGGAAGUACCAACAACCACAACAACAACGGAAGUACCUACAACUAAAACAACGGAUGCGCCUACAACAGCAACAACAACGGAAGCACCUACAACCACAAAAAUGGAAAAACCUACAACUCCAUUUUCACAAAUACUAAGUUCUUCUAUUUCGAACUUACCUACUACCUCAAAUUUGUCCAAAGGACCAGAAAUUGUUAAGAGGGGGGAUAACAUUCCUACAACUACCGAAGCAAUAGAUAUGAAACAUAGUUUGAAAAUUAUGGGAAUACCGUUAUAUAUACCUAUGAUACGUGAGGAUCAAACAACAACACCAGAAACCAGAACAAUUAAAGGUAUAUUCGUUCAUAUUCCGGUCACAACCGAAGUAGCAUCAAACCAAAAUGAGACUAAUGAUUUGAACAGUACCCUUUCAUCAAAUAAUAAAACAGAAUUUUCUACAACAAUGACGAUGAUUGAAAAUGACGAACAAACGUCAACGAUGCUAACAUCAAACGAGUCAACUACAUUGUUAUCAACUUCAACUCUAGAAGAGUCGACAACCGAAAAAUCUAUUUCAGAGGACUCAACAAUAAUGUUUACUACCACAGAAAACCAAACAGAAAUACAACCAACAUCACCUUUGGAAGAGUCAACCACAAUAUCAUCAACUCCAUAUUCAAAUGAACCAACAGAAAUACGAGAAAUAUACACUACAGAGAAAUCUGAACUGAUCCCGUCAACAACAACUUCACUACCUUCUAGCAAAACCCUGAGAAGUACUACAUCUUCGUCAACUAUUUUAAGUACUACCAAUUUGCCAACGACUGAAAGUACAACAGUGGAUAGUACCACAACACCAGUAACUAACAGUACCUCGACGCAGUCCUCAACAACAGAAAAAGACUUGGAUAACUCUACAUCUCCCUCAAAUAGUUCUACAGAAUUGUUUAACAUUAAUCCGGAAACAACUACGAAUGAAACAACACAAGAACUAUUUUCUACAACCAAUAUCACUUCCAGUACUCCGACAACGACUGGUUUCGAAAUGAUUACGUCUCCAACGACAGUUGCAACGACAAAUAUUUCUAUAACGACUAAUUCCGAAUUAAAUAUGACUACAACGAUAGCGCCAAUGAAACAUUCAACGACAACUGAUUCAGAAAUUAUUACGACUCCAACGAUCGCAGUAUCUACAAAAACCUCAGCGACAACUGAUUCAGAUAUUAUUACGACUUCAAAGAUAGCUGUUGCUACAAAUACUUCAACAACGAUAGCUUCAGAAAUUGUUACGACUCCAACGAUCGCUGUUGCUACAAAUACUUCAACAACGAACGAUUCCGAAAUUACGACGCCAACGAUUGCUGCAGUUACAAAUACUUCAACAACGAACGAUUCCGAAUCUAUUACGAAUCAAACAACAGCUGCAACAACAACAACAACACCAACCAGUCGGGAGCCAACAACAGAGGUGAAAAUGGUGUUUCCAGAACACGUUACUGGAAGGUUUCCAUCUUCUACAAUGAAACCUGCGGUCAGGAUUCCACACAAUUGUGUCACUAUGGGGUGUCCGAAAGGCAGAGUGUGUUUGUCAGAUCAAAACGAUCUUUGUUUUAAAGGCGAAAAAGCACGUACAUGUUUUUGUAAACCUGGAUGUAAGCAUGAGAAUAUGUUAAUUGAAUUAGGCCAGCCUGUUGUUAUGGACCGUUGUGGCAAUUUGUGUUAUUGUGGUUCCGGUGGAUUGACUGCAUGUACGAAAAUACCUUGUGAAAAGAGCAGAUAUGUAAUAACAACACCAAACCCUUUUAAACCAGUCGAGUUUAAACCUGAUGUAAAGGAUAGGGGACCGACUAGGGGCGACUCGCCUUAUUUCUAUGUGGACAAUACGAAGUCCAAGUCAAUAAAAGUUCAUGGAUUACAUUUUCCUGAUCAAUUGUUGGCGUGGUUGUCUCCUUUUUCGUCGGAAUUCAGGGAAAGUCUUCCAUCCUCUGGAAUUAAGGCAAUUUCGAUUGAAAAUCUAUUCAAAACUUGAAAACUCAGUGUGAAAAAAAGUUGGAAAACAGAUUAAUUUUCAGAUUCAAGUUUAUAUGGUUUACCACCGCUUUAAAACCAUCGUUCGCUUGCGAAGCAGUUGUUUGUAAAGAUAGACCGGAUGUAAGCGGCUGGGCCACUGAUUUCUAUCUUUGUAACGUUUUUAAUGUUCGUGACUCUAUGAAGGAGAACAAUGUGUUGCUUUCUGUCUUGUUAACGUUUACUUGUGUAAUUCUCGUUUCAUAAAAUGAAGUUAUUUAUUGUUUGAACAAAUUAGCAGGAUAAUUUGAUUUCAUUGUUGACAAGCAGAUGACAAUAGUCCCAUUUUAUUAUCGUUGUACAAAAUAUUAAUAAAAAUCUUAUGAUUUAGUGUA